AUGCCAUCUAGUCAAAAUCAACAAGUACAACCCAAAGAACAAUCAUCUGAAGAUAUCCUAAAUGAUGCUUUGCUCUUUCUGGGAGGAAAACCAGUCGUCGAAAGUGAAAUCAUAUCGUAUGGAGAUCUCAAACUCACUGUGGCGCCCAAGGAAGGAAAAGCGAACACUCUCCUCGCGGAUCAUCUUUUUUCGCCUUCUCUGCUUCUUGCGGAACAAAUCGAACAAGGAGCAAUAUUUUUACAAGGAAGGACUUUGAUCGAACUUGGUGCAGGUUGUUCCCUUCCUUCCCUCGCAGCCUGUACCAUCUCCAGUCCAUCAAAUGUGCCAUCGCUUGUAGUGACCUCAGACUAUCCUGAUCCAAUCAUAUUGGGGAGCCUCAAAAGCAAUGUUGAACGUAAUCAGGCCUUGGUUUCACCGACGUGCAAGUUGCAUUGUAGAGGCUAUGAAUGGGGUCAAGACGUUGCAGAGUUGCUGGAUUUGCUACCAAACCCAUCUAUCACGGGCUUCGACAUUGUCAUUCUUUCAGACUUACUCCAUUUUGACGCAUCGCACGAUGCCCUCGUAAAGUCUUUGUCACUUCUUCUUGCCAAGACGGUAGAUGCAAGGGUUUAUGUUGCAGCCGGAAAAUAUACUCUUCCUAAAGUUGUCAGCUCUUUUUUGAAAAAGGCUACCGAUGCAGGGCUGGUACUCAUAGAGUAUACAGAUCACAUAGGCGGCUCAAGGUGGCUUGGAACGUUACCCGUAUCUGGGCUUGAUGCCGAAGCAUUGGGCAUUCGGAAAAAUAAUUGUCGGUUCUGGGUUGGCCAGUGGGCUGGUACAAAAGUGGUCGUUCGUUAA